AUGGAUUUUGGCUCUUUGGAGACUGUUGUGGCCAAUUCUGCCUUCAUAGCUGCCCGGGGCAGCAUCGAUGCAAGUGGUAGUUCCCACUUAUCCCGGGACAAGAAAUACUUUUCCAAGCUCAAACUUCCUCCUCUCUCCAAAUGUGAAUCCCUACGGAACACUCUUAACUUAGACUUUGAAAACAUUUGCUCUGAGCAGCCUAUCGGCAAGCGCCUCUUUCAGCAGUUCCUAAAGAAUGAGGAGCGGCUUGUCCCCGCGGUUGAGUUAUGGAGAGACAUUGAAGACUACGACACUGCUGAUGAUGAUUUUCGCCUUCAGAAAGCCCAGGCCAUCCUUGCUGGCUAUCUGGACCCCCAGGCCAAACUUUUCUGCAGCUUCCUGGAAGAGGGGAUGAUUGAGAAGGUCAAGGAGAAACACUCAAGCAUCCCUAAUGGACUAUUCCAGCCUCUUCUUCAAGCCACCCUGGGCUACCUGAGCGAGGCUCCCUUCCGAGAGUACUUGGAGAGUUUGUAUUUCAUGAGAUUUCUGCAGUGGAAAUGGCUGGAAGCCCAGCCCAUCGGGGAAGACUGGUUUUUGGACUUCAGGGUCUUGGGAAAAGGGGGUUUUGGGGAGGUUUCAGGUUGCCAGAUGAAAGCCACAGGCAAGAUGUACGCCUGUAAAAAACUGAAUAAGAAGAGGCUGAAGAAACGAAAAGGGUAUCAAGGUGCAAUUGUAGAGAAGAGAAUUCUAACCAAGGUCCAUAGCAGAUUUAUAGUCUCUUUGGCCUAUGCAUUUGAAACCAAAACUGACCUCUGUUUGGUGAUGACAAUCAUGAAUGGAGGAGACUUAAGGUAUCACAUCUACAAUGUUAAUGAGGAGAAUCCUGGUUUUGAGGAAGCAAGAGCCGUCUUUUACAUUGCUCAGAUCAUCUGUGGCAUGGAACAUCUCCAUCAGAAGAGGAUUGUGUAUCGGGAUCUCAAACCAGAGAAUGUCCUAUUGGAUAAUGAUGGCAAUGUCCGUAUUUCUGAUCUUGGCCUUGCUGUGGAACUGAAGGAAGGAGAGACAAAGACAAAAGGUUAUGCAGGCACCCCAGGUUUCAUGGCGCCAGAAUUGCUUCAGAGUGAGGAAUACGAUUUCUCUGUGGACUACUUUGCCUUGGGGGUUACAUUAUAUGAGAUGAUUGCAGCCAGGGGACCUUUUCGAGCCAGAGGAGAAAAGAUCGAAAACAAAGAACUCAAACAAAGAAUUAUUUCUGAUCCUGUGACAUACUCGGAGAAAUUUAGCAAGGCUAGUAAGGACUUCUGUGAAGGCCUUCUUGAAAAAAGUCCAGCGAAGCGCCUUGGAUUCAAAAAUGGCAACUGUGAUGAACUCCGAGCCAAUGUCCUCUUCAAGGACAUUAACUGGAGGCAGCUAGAAGCUGGUACUUUGGAACCUCCUUUUAUUCCUGACUCUAGAACUGUCUAUGCAAAGAACAUCCAGGAUGUUGGUGCCUUUUCUACUGUUAAAGGGAUUGUCUUUGAUAAAGCAGAUACGGAGUUCUUUCAGGAAUUUGCAACUGGAAAUUGUCCCAUACCCUGGCAGGAAGAGAUGAUUGAAAUGGGAAUUUUUGGGGACCUGAAUGUGUGGCGUGCUGAUGGCCAGAUGCCUGAUGACAUGAAGGGGAUAGCUGUAGAAGAGCCAUCCUCAUCAUCUAAGUCAGGAAUGUGUCUGGUUUCCUAAAGAAAAGCUCACCGAAGGCCUGAGAAUCUUUUUCAUAGUUGUAACACUGGGAGACCAGGCCAAAAAAGGAAGAGAAGACCAGUCUACUUAGUAAAACCAAAUAAUGAUGAUUUAAAAAUCUGGAAAUCUCAGCUAUACUCAGUUAUCAAUUCAUUUAAUUGAUGAUUAAGAUCUCUUCUUAAGCAAGUAGGCUUUGUCUGCUCUAGGCUGCCCCUUAUAUAAUGGAUUGUCUCCUUAGCAGUGUAGCUAUAAUCACUCAAACAAAGAACAAAGGAAAGGAAAGGAGUUAGUGCUAAAGGGUGGCCAUGAUGUACUCAAGUGUAAUAACUAAUCUAUAACAAUCAGUUUCGUUUUCCCUCAUACUGAGUCAAAAUGGACAAGAAAGAAUUACUAAUGAAACCUUUACUGACAACUCUGAUACCUAGGGUCUAAGACCUCGAGAACAAGAUCUUAUAGUGAGGAAAGACCCUGAAACAUCACACCACUGGGAGAAAACGGAGACCCCGAAUUGCUGUUGGGGUGGCUACCUGGGGUGUGUGGUGAGGUAUGGGAAAAAGUGGAAGUGAGCAUGUGGAAGUGAGAUGUGGAAGCCAUGAUCUGGAGUUAGCAAAAGAUAUGUUGGGGGAGGAAAAGACAUGCUAUUUAGACAUCCUUCCUGGGUCAAAGUUUUUCUCGUCCCUCUUUAGUUAUGGCUCAAAAUGAUAGGGGGACAAUUUUUGACAAUCAUAGAAAGGUUUGAAGAGAAUAUCUUGAUGUUUUGUUACUGGCAUGUUAUUAAUAUCUGUAGCAGAACAGAUUAGCUGGUGGAACUCCUAGUGGCAUUCCUGCUCUUUGUUAAUGGAUCAUUUUCUUUACAAUAAAAAACCUGGGGUGUUUUUUGUAGAUUGACUUUGUAUUGCUGUUCAUGGGAUUGUCUAGAAGAAGUUUUUCAUCAAAAUCCUCCAAACCUGCAUUUCUUAUAAUAAAUAUUUAACAACUUAGCUUAAGUCAGAAGUCUCAGAAAGCUGGGGGCAGGGGGCAUUUCGCCUACUAAUCCCUAUGCUCCAUGCCUUACUUGUGUUGGACAUGGCUAUUUGCACUUUUCAUUUCUGGUAGGAUUCCAAAAUACUUUAGCAUUUUAACUUUAUGGGUUAAAUUUCCUUGUCAUCAACUUCUAACUUAAUAUAGCAAUUUUGAUUUCUCCACAAGUCUUAUCAUUGAGAGGGAUAAAGAGUUUCUUACAGCUCAAGUUUUUGGUCAGAGGGAAGGGGAAGAAUAUUAUCAGCCAUAUUGCCUUUGUUGGAAAAACUCUCAAGUCAAGAAGGCUAGCCUCCCAUUCCUUCCUGCUUGGAAUCCCAGAAGGCCAGGAAGAAGAUGGCAUAACCUGAAACCUGACUGAUGGAUGAUAAAUGGACUUGAAAGGGAACCUUGCAUUCAUGAUUUUCAGAAGAGCAGGUCUUUCUGGAAGGGCUGAAAUCUGGUUUUGCCCAUUACUGGUCAGAGGUGUCUUAGAUGUCAUAUAACUUCUGGAAAACAAUUUGGAAAUAUGUUCUAAAACUUUUUUAAUUGAGCAUAUCCUUGAUCCAGUGAUAUUACUACUUGACAAAUACUCUAAAGAAAUCAUAGAAAGAGAAAAAAAGUACCUUUCUAUAUAACAGUAUUUAGAGCAUCUCUUCAAAUAAUGGCAAAGAACUAGAAACCAAUGCCCAUCAAUUAAGGAAGUGAUGAACAAAUAGUGGUAAAUUAAUGUGUUGUAAGAAAUGUUGAAAAGGACUGUUUCACAAAAAUCUGGGAAGACUUGUAUGAACUCAUGCAGAAUGAAGGGAGCAGCCCCAGGAGAACAAGUUACACAAUAACAAGAUGAUAAUGAUGGACAAAGUUGAAGGACUAAGAUCUGUGAUCAAUGGAAUGACCAGUCAUAAUUCUAGGGAACCAAUGAUGCAUACAUGCUACCUACCUCCUGACAGAAAAGUGAUGGACAUAGACUGCACAGUGAGACAUAUAUUUUUAGAUCUGGUCAAUAUGGCAAUUUGUUUUGCUUGAAUAUGCAUAUUCAUAGUCAUGUUUUCCUUUUUCUUUCUUUUUUUUUUUCCAAGAGGAGGGAUGAUGGGAGAGGAAAUAAACGAAUGGUAGUUGAAAAAAAUGAAUAAUAAGAGAUGUCAUGUAGCUGUACAUGGAUAUCUCAUUCAACCACGUGUUACCACUAUAUCAUCUCAAAGCAGCACAGUUGAAAAUCUUGCUAAUAUCUAUAGCAGAUAUUUCUCUCUCUCCCUCCCUCCAUCUGUAACUGUUCUUUAUAUAUGUUUGUUUUUCACACACAUACACAAUCAUCACCACUCCCAUCUAUGCACAAGAAAACAAGGGAUUGGAUCCAUGACAUGCAAUGUUUGUAAGUCUGUCAACCAUUCACACUGAUUACCAGGGACCCUGCUACUUCCCGUUCAGAUUGUACCCAACUGGAAUUUGCACAUUGUCAAGCUUUGGUCAAAGCCACUGAAAGAAAGACUACCUAAUCCCUUAAGUAGCUAUUAGUACAGCAGCUGUUUUGAGGGAAACAGCAAUAUUUUACUUUGAAAAUUAGUGUAUGUAUUUAAAUAGUGAGGUCUCAUAUGAGGGUAUAUGCCAUUUUAGAGCUAGAAUUGUAUACAUGAUGACUUUAUCCUGAAAUGCAUCUUGAACCACUGA